AUGAGUCCCAAUACCACUUUUCGAAUUCCUCGCGAGCAGACGGUUAUCCUGCAGGCCAGCGGCGGCGUACUGCAGGUGACGCCCAGCCAACGGCUGCCGGAAACUGGUCCUCAUCAGUUGCUUGUCAAAACGCUGGCCGUAACACUAAAUCCUUGCGAUUGGAAGACUCCCAUCAAGUUUCCCACCGAAGGAUCAUGGUGCGGAUGUGACUUCACCGGCACUGUCGUCUCCCUGGGAACCAACGUUGAAAGGUUCCAGGUCGGGGACAUGGUGUUCGGGGCAUGCAAAGGAUCGAGCUUAACAAACCUGCAAUCUGGCGCGUUUGCCGAAUACUUGGCUGCCGACGCCGACUACACUUUUCACACUCCAGAAGGGAUGGGAGCCGCACAGGCAGCUGCCAUGUGUGGGACAGCAAUCGCGACGUUGGCGACAGCAUUCUACACCUUGGGUCCUAUUCCUGGUGAAAUCGGGGCCCCUGAGAAGUUGGACUCUGUCGAGAGCGUGCUGGUUUACGGGGGCAGCAGCUCAGUCGGACUUAUGGCGAUCCAGCUUAUCAAGUUGAUGGGCCACGAAGUCGUAACGACCUGUUCGCCUCACAAUUUUGACUUGGUCAAAUCCUACGGUGCAGACGCUGUAUUCGAUUACCACUCGCCAACCUGCGCGGAAGAUAUCAAGACCUACACUCGGAACCGUCUUCGCAUGGCGAUUGAUCCGUUCGGCGAAGUACGGACGCUAAGCAUCUCACAAACCGCAAUCGGGCGCGCAGGGGGAAGGUAUGUCGCCUUUGAAAAGUACGACACCUCUCUUUGCGUGAGAAAAACAGUCAAUCAUACUUUGGUCAUGGCCGCAGCGGUAGACGGACUGGGUGUUGACAUGCCGGAGCCUUAUGGCCGCGAACCUGAUCCAAAGCUCAGACAAUGGACUAUGAGUUUUUACCAGCGGUUGGACGAACUUGUCAGCCAGGGCAAACUGCAACCAUGUCCUGUGCAAAUGCUCCAAGGUGGGUGGGAGGGCAUUAUCAAAGGUCUGGAUUUGUUAAGGCAGCGAGCAGUUUCGGGGAGAAAGCUUGUUGCUUUAAUCCCGUAA